UUCUCCUCCCAUUCUUCCCCUUCGCGCCGCCGCUCCGAGACACCUAGCUCCAGCCCUCUCCUCCUCCCCUUCGGGCCACCACCAAGCCCUUGCAUCCCCAUACACCAUGGCGGCGGCGGCAGGCGGAGGCGCGCCGCGGGCGCUGUCCCAGAAGGAGCAGGACGUCCAGAUGAUGCUCGCCGCCGACGUCCACCUGGGCACCAAGAACUGCGACUUCCAGAUGGAGCGCUACGUCUUCAAGCGCCGCACCGACGGCAUCUACAUCAUCAACCUUGGGAAGACAUGGGAGAAGCUCCAGCUGGCGGCGAGGGUAAUCGUUGCCAUCGAGAACCCUCAGGACAUCAUUGUCCAGUCCGCCCGCCCCUACGGCCAGCGCGCCGUCCUCAAGUUCGCGCAGUACACUGGUGCCCAUGCUAUUGCUGGGAGGCACACCCCUGGAACCUUCACCAAUCAGCUGCAGACGUCCUUCAGUGAGCCCCGACUGCUCAUCCUUACCGACCCAAGGACUGACCACCAGCCGAUCAAGGAGUCUGCUCUGGGGAACAUCCCCACCAUUGCCUUCUGUGAUACUGACUCUCCCAUGCGGUAUGUCGAUAUCGGCAUCCCAGCCAACAACAAGGGAAGGAACAGCAUUGGAUGCCUGUUCUGGCUCUUGGCAAGGAUGGUUCUGCAGAUGAGGGGCACUAUCCUCCCUGGGCACAAGUGGGAAGUCAUGGUUGAUUUGUUCUUCUACAGAGACCCUGAGGAAGCAAAGGAGCAGGAGGAGGAAGCUGCUGCUGCCCCUGAGUUUGCCGCUAUCACUGAUUACCCAGCAGCUGAUCAGUGGGGUGGAGACCAGUGGACCUCUGAUGUUGCUGCACCGCCUGUUGCUGUUGUUGGCACUGGUGCCGAGUGGGGUGCUGCUCCAGCUCCAGUUCCUACUGGAGAAGGCUGGGAUCAAGCUGGGGCUCCUGCACCUGUGGAGGGUGCUGUUCCUCCGGUUGCUGUUCCGGCUGGUUGGGACCCAGCAGCACAACCCGCUGCCCAAGGCUGGGAGUAGGCAUAGGCCCUCCCUUUGUGAUGCAUCCUGUGGCUUAAAUUAAGUAUUUUUCCAAAGUAUGAAUGUCCUAAAUCAGAAUGCAUCUUCUACAGCUAUGCAUCGAACCCUUUCUGUUCUAGGGCUUUCUAGCUGAACUUGUUGUGCCUCCGAUCUGUUUUAGGCAUUGCUGCUGAGGGAGAGCUUUGGAAUAUGUGGUUUUAGUUUUUCUGUUUCAGUUGCUUUUAUUCCAUGGAUACCUUCGAUGUGAUGGUUCUAUACAACAUAUUGAAUCUUUUGAGAAAAUCUGGUUGCCAUGGAUUUUGUACUGUAUAAUUUUCCCAGUUUGCUUGAAAUUUUGUUAAGUUCGAAGGAAUGAGAAAUGUCUUGCCGUCA